AUGGCCCUGGUUACUGGAUGGAUAGACGAUGCCAGGCGUGGCUACUCCUCCUACGGAGUGGAUCUCAUUCGCACGGGGUGUCUUUUGCUUCGCACCACUCCUUCCGUGACGUACAGGGCUGCCGUGUUGUUCCAACGCUUCCAAGCGGUCGCCGAACAGGUCCGGCGUAAGCGCGGAGACUACCAAGAUGAAUAUGGUAUCACGGAAGGGAAUAGCAGCCGAGAUGUGCUACCUGGGGCACGAAAAACGUCGUACAUGGUGCCGAUCCACGUUGGGACAGAACGUCCGUCUGGUGUUCUUAUGUUUGGGGAUCCAUACGCUCCAUUGGACUACUGUUUGUUUAACCUGCGAGAACACGAUGACAUUACUUAUCUCACCGCGGCGUGUGUCCUCAUCGCAACAAAGAUGGAGGAUCAUUCCAUGCGUGUACGUCUCAUAGUGGGUGUCUUUAUGCGGUUAAACCAACGCCGUCGUGGCGAACCUGUUAUUGAGCAACUUCAGCCACCACCAGAGCGUUACGAUGAUUUCAAGUCAUGUAUACUGGAAGCGGAAGAGGUGGUUUUGCAGGCGCUCGGCUUUCAGACUUUUGUGGAGUCUCCUUUCAAGUAUGCCAUUCUUUUUCUUGGGAUGCUGAUCGAGGAGGACAAAGUGGGAGUUGCUGCGGAUACCGGCACGGCGGAGAGUAGUGCCUUUUAUUUCAAUGGAUUUUCUUCAAAUUUGGUUUUGAAAAAAUGGCUUGCAGACGCUGUGAGUUGGCUGAAUGACAUCCCGCGGUGCGUGGAAUUGUACGCGGAGGAAGCCCAUGUGCUUGCAGUGUGUUCACUCUUUGCAACGCGACCUUCGAACAUCACUGCGCUUCCAGACAACUGGUCGCUGGCAUUUGGUUUAGAGAGGACGAAGUUAAAUGCCGUCUUGCGUCUGCAUCGGAAGCACUUGGAGGAGGCUGUUAACUCGGGAAACAAAAAUGUUCAGCUCCUCAUCGAGACGCGGCAAACGAAGCCGUGUUACCCGACGGCGACGGCAGAGGGCACCCCAAGCCCCGACCCUGCGGUUAUUGCGCCCACGGCGGGGAAUCCACCCGAGGCCCCUCCAUCUCUACCACCGACAAAAACAACAGAAUUGGCUCCGCCCGUAGCUUCUUCAUCCGGGAUAAAAAUUCCAUCUGCCACUCCACCGCUCGCAGUGGCACCCGUCGUCGCACCAUUCAAACAGCUGGAGUCUCUCCAUUCCGCACUUCAGCUCAAUUUUGUUCCACGCAACAACGCCGGCACGAACAACCACAACCACAAAAGCCCCAAAGUCACUGGAGGCACAACCAAAAAUGUCAGCGACAUUGGUAACCACCACCCGGUUCGGGCUGAUAUUCCCGAUAGGAGUAUGCCAACGGGAGGUGGCGUAUCUGUUGUUGCUAGGCAGCCGAUUGAAGAAGAGUUCCACUUUGAAGACCUAAAGGAACUGCAGCGGAGGCGACGGCAAGAGGAGGAAAAUGAAGAAAAACGAACAAAGCGGAGAAGGAGUAGUAGUCACCGAAGACGUCACCACUCUGGUGAAAGGCGCAAAGGUCGCUCGAGUGACCGCCAAAGGGAAGAGAGCCGUGGAGGAAGAAAACGGCGGCACUCUCAAGGAGGACACAAGAGUCAUCGCAACGAACAACAACAACAGCAUCGUUUCAGCGCGUCCUCACAAAACCCGAGAAGUGACCGCAGGGAUGAGAGACAGCGACAUGAUAACAGACCGCGCCACGAUGACCGACAGCGUCACGGGGGCCGCCAGCGUAACAAUGGGAGACAACAAAGACGCGAAAGGUGA